AUGGCGCCUCUUGCCUGUCGCUUCCAGUCGCGCUCCGCCCGCGCCCUCUCACCCUCUCCAUCACCCUCGUCCUCGACUACAUCCUCCCCAGACAGAAGGGCGUCAAGUCGGUCCAACACAUCGGUCGCCGUCGCCGGCUCGCCGCGCCACUCCCGCUACCCCUCGGCCACUUCCUCCACGCUCACAGCCGCAGAGAGCACCAUCAACAGCAUCGUUCUCCGCCAGCGUUCCAUUUUGGGCCUCGAAGAGGAACGCAAGUCCUUCCCGCGCGGCCUCACCAUACUCGAACCCCGGCCUCUUGUGUUUUGGGGCAGCCUGGACGAGCGGAUGAGCCUGCAUGCGCUUUAG